AUGGAUCCGUUAGAUCCAUCGGCAGCUGCUACUGCUGCUGCUGCACCGAGUGUAGCUCAGUUUUUGCAGCAAGCGGGCAUCACAUCGCAAGAAGAAGUGGCCAAUCGUUUGUUGGCCAUGCAGCAGCAGAUAGACAGUCAGGCGCAACAGCAGCAGCAAUCGCAAGUGCAGCUUCAAGAAGCGGUUGUCAUGAUGCAGACCUUGCAAGGUCAGCUCAGUGAUGCUGUGUCCAGGGUUCAAGCGGCAGAACAAGAGAGGAGAGAUGCAUUGAGGGUUGCAGCAGCAGCAGUAGGCAGCGACGCUGGCAGUUUUCAAGGAGGCAUCGUGGACAGCAAGGGUGUUGGUCAGCCGUUCAAGUACAACGGUGGGGCCGAUCAAGACUUCAGCGAAUGGAGUCACAAAGUCACCACGUACCUGAAGGCCAAGUUCGGCUUCGAAGUAGAAAAGGCUUUGAAGUGGGCAGUACAGCAGCGGAAGACCAUUGUGGAGCGCCUUCCAGGAGGGGCGCUUACAAGCACAGAUGGCCGCCAGAUUGCGUUUGAUCCUGUCUACGGAGAGCAUGCGGAUGAAAUAGACCGCGUGCCCAAUCUUUCCAGGACCGUCGUUGGCAUCUACACGUACCUGAUCGCCUUUACAACAGGGGACUCCAAUAAGAUUGUGCGCAACGCGGGGUCCGAUGCUGGGUUAGAGGCCUGGCGAAGGCUCCACAACGAGUACGACCCAACCUCAGCGAUGAGACGUGUCACGAUUCUGGGCUUGGUUCAGAAUCCUCCCAAAUGUGAGAAGAUUGAGAACUUAGGCUCCGCGCUUGAGGAUUGGUUGGCCAAGAAGCGCCAAUACGAGGAGUUCACAGACCAGCGAGGAAGGCCGUGUCGCAUUUCAGACGACUCCCUCAUGGCAGCCAUGUACAAGCUUAUGCCCACAGCGUUGGAGCAGCAGGUAAUGUUCCAUUCGGACGAGUACGACAGCUUCGAAGAUCUCUAUGAUCGCUUGGUGGCCUACGCGUCAACAAAGCACUCUCUCAAGAUGACAGACAAGCCCGUGGGAUCCAGAAAGGGCGAUACCUCAGCACCAAUGGAUGUUGAUGCUCUUGUCCAAAAGGGCAAGGGGUCGUUCAAAGGCAAGUGCAACAACUGCGGUCGGCCCGGCCACAAAGCAGCUGAUUGCCGCGCUCAGGGAGGAGGCUUCAGCGCAGUGGAGUGGGAGGAGCAGGAAGGAUGGGAGCAGGCCGACUCGCAUCCGGGUGGCAUUGGCAGCUUGGACUUGAACCACCUCGAGUCCCUUGCAGAGAGCGCGACGAAGGUAAGCUGCAGCAGCAUGGAGUCUUACAAGGUCCAUUGGAAAGGCUCAGAGUGGUUGAAGCUCAACUACGACUCAGGCGCGGCUACCACUGCCAUCCCGGAUGAGCUCAUCGAAGGGCCUUUGGAGGCUCGUGGAGAGUUCAUCGUUGCAUCCGGCGAAGAGAUCCCCAACUACGGUCGCUUUAGAGUCCCGGCCGUCGACGCCAACGGCAAGCGGAGAAGUUUUGCAGCCUAUGCCACGAAGGUUCACAAGCCACUCGGUUCCGCUGCCGAGUUCAGCAGCAGCCAUGACUGUGUGUUGUGGGCCGAGGGUGGCUCUCUCAUUCCCAAGAACAGCGCGCUGGCAAUUGGACUUCGCAAAGAGUACUAUCGUUUGAAGGAGAUCCAUGGUGAAUGCGAUGAACUCCCGCUCUACCGCGAGGGCAACUUGUACAACAUGUACCUGAAGCAAGAUGGUGUGCCUGAGCAGCUAAGUCCUUUGCAGGAAGUGCCUUCCUCGUCCAGGGCCUCGGCGGUGGACGGUCGUCGGUCGGGAAACGCCCGGCAGGCGAAGGUAGAAGGUGGCAACAAGCUAGUUCGAUACCAUGUUUCACUGCGGCGUUGCCUUUUCUCGCCGCACCAAGCAAACAACAUCCCGGUGGACAAGGAUCUCAUUUUGGGGUCCAGAACGACAGAAGCGAUCUUUGAAGACGGUUCAGUUGAAACUGUUGAGGACGAUUGGACAGUACGAAGAACCGCCAACAAGCGUCUCAAAGCACAGUGGUUCGGACGCACAGUUUUUGCUCUUGGAGGAGAGCAGGCCACAGCUGCUGCAGCGCCUGAGAGGAAGGAGGUCCGAGGGUGGCCAGACGAGGAAGAGGAGCCAGGCGCAGCAAGAGAGGCUGCGGACAGCGAGCCGCAAGAGGAGUCAGAGGAGUUUCGCAAAAGCAGAGCUGCAGCAGAACCAACGCCCGAGCAAAGAGAGAAUCAUUUCUUGGAGAAUCACGCUGUGUAUCGCCCGUGGUGCGAAGUGUGUGUGAAGAGCCGCGGGCUUGGAACCCAACAUAGGAGGGCAUUGAAGAAGGAGGCCGUCGAAAGCUCAGAAGGCCCACGCAUCUUUUCUGACUUCUUCUUCAUGUCUACAGAUGAGGACAGCGUUCCCAUGCUGGCCCUGAAGUUCAGUCGUUCGAAGAGGAUUGCAGCCACAGCAUUGCCUCGAAAGGGCAUCUCAGAGCUGGGUUGCAAGUUCAUGUCCAACUUCAUCAAGAUGACAGGAGUUAAGCGCUUCGUCAAUUUUUCUGAUGGGGAGCCAGCCAUGAAGGCUCUGAAAGAGGAGUCUGCAAGGAAGGUGGCUGAUGUAGAAGCUAUUUCGCGUGAGUGUCCUGUGGGUGAUCAUCAGAAGAAUGGUGAAAUAGAGUCUGGCGUUCGAGAGCUGAAGCGUCAGAUGCGAGCAGUGAGGAUGAGUCUGGAAGGUCGCCUUGGGCGGGCUUUAGCAGACGACGAUCCUCUUUUGAUGUGGAUCCCCACCUUUGCGGGUGAUUGUAUUGCAUUCCAUCGCAGGGGUGCAGAUGGCAAGACGCCGUGGGAGCGAGAGACAGGUCGAAAGCGGCGCCGUCCUUGUUUGGAGUUUGGCGAGAAAGUCAUGAUGAAGGCGGCUUACGACAGAAGCAGCGGUCCAAAGAGAGACUGGCAGGCGAGGAUGAUACCUGUUAGGUAUGUUGGGCAUCAUGCACGGACUGGCGCGGUCAUGGGUCUCACCUCGGAAGGCGUGAAGUUUGGCACAGGUGUCAGCAGACUGGCAGCUUCAGAACGCUGGAGCACUGAGGGUCUUGAGGAGCUUCGUGGGCUGCCUUGGGAUCUGCAGCCACGUCUGCGAGAGGCGCGGGCGGUCGCCGAUGCAGAAGGUGUUUCAGUUCCUCGCUUUCCACACCUUCCGGCUGGGAGCCCAGCACCGCGUUCAUUUUACGUGAUGCGCGAGGAUGUGAAGCCAGAGAAGUAUGGCUACACUCGAGGAUGCAAAUCCUGUGACAACGUGAUGAGGACUGGGCAAAGCGACGUGGCGCACAACAGUGAAUGCCGAGAGCGAGUGUUUAGGCUUAUGGAGCGUGAUGAAAGUGUUCGCGUCAAAGCGUACCACAACAGAGUCCAGGAGGCAGAAGCAAAGCAGCAGCCGCAGAUGCCGCAGCAGCAAGCAGCAGCAGCCACUUCAGAAGAGCAGCAGCUCGAUAGCUCGACAAAGGACGCUGGGAGCAGGAAACGAGAGUCUGCUGCAAGUGAGGAGGUCAUUGAGUCUCCAAGCAAACGUCCUGUGCCUGCUUCGCAGUGGGAGCAGGAGGGGCAUGGCAGGUAUCGCAAGCGUCAGGCCGAGCUGCCUGCCGAGGUUCUCCAGGCCAGAGCUUCGGAAGCAUUGCCUUCGGAAGUCCGAACAGAACCAACUGCAGCUGAGAUGGCAACUGAGACUUCUGGGCCAACUCCAGCCGAGUCGGGCCCAGUUUCGGUGGAAGAGUUUUUGAAAGAAGAAGCUGUAGACAUCGACUCGGUGGUUGCUUAUGAGGCCAUGGGUUCUGCAGUUGAGCUGGGCGAGCAGAAGAACCAGCUCAUCGCUGCAGCUUCGGAGCAAGUACGCAAAGUGUAUGAGCAUGAAGGUAUUUCUUUGAGUUCGAAAGAGGUCCUGCAGAUCGCGGCUCUCCAAGUUGGGAUUGCUGGUUGCCGGGUUCGCGAGGUUUUCUCUCGCGAUGGCCUUUCUCGAGCAGCUCCGCAUUUUGGGUUGAGACCAGGCUUUGUGCUAGACCUCACAGGGCCGCGUGUUGGAGGACCCAACGCGGGCAAACAGUGGUGCUUGGACAAGGAUGAGGAUGCAGCAGAGCUGCAGCAGUUGAUCUCGGAUGAGUGCCCUGCGCUGCUCACAGGCAGUUCUAGGCAUGAUCUGUCUCGGCUACUUGGCGUGCGACAGAACGCAGUAGGGCAAGAGCAGGCUGCAUUGAGGACAGAUAAGGCGCAGAAGCAGUUCAGGGCUUGUGUGAAGCUUUACCGGAAGCAGCAUGAAGAGCAGAGGUCCUUCUUGCACGAGCAUCCGGCUGGCGCAACAAGCUGGCAGGAUCAAGACAUGUUGGCGUUGCAAAGUCUGCCAGGCGUGUACACAGUGGAAGGGCCGACGUGCUACUGGAAUCGCUCAUGCAAGCCUGGAGCCUCUCAGUUUGGCAGCCUCACAAAGAAGAAUCGUUUUUGCGGCAUCUCCAGAUCCAAGACCAAGUUCGUCACGAACUCCCGUUGCUUAGCCGAGGCUUUGAAGCGAGCUUGCUGUGACUCACUUGAGGUGCCGUGGCAAAGACAGCUGGAGUUUGCUGAAGGCCUUGUGGGCCUCAGCAUGUCCGGCCAUCCCAAGAUGGUGUGUACAGUGCUCACAGGUCUGCGGGAGCAAAUGCGGCAGGAUGGACACCUCAGCGACUUGGAUUUCAAGUACGGGGGUCCGGUUCCCUCGCAGCCUACCUUUGAGGCUGACAAUGAGGCUCUCCAGGAAGAUUACAGCAAGUUCUUUGACAACAUCAGUGGCGAGGAGUUGCCCCCAGAUCUGGUGACGAAAGCAAGACAGGAAGAGAUCUCAUGGGUUCGUUCGAUCAAUCUCUAUGACAAGGUCCCAAGAGCGGAAGCAGAGAGCAGAGGCAUCAGACCUCUGCCCAUACGAUGGGUGGAUGUCAACAAAGGCGACCGUGCGAACUACAAUGUUCGCAGUCGUCUUGUGGGAAAGGAGUUGAAGGCUAAGACUAAGCAUGCUUUGCUAGCUCACGAAUUGUUUAGCGCCAUGCCGCCAUGGGAAAUGGUCAAGUCACUCCUUUCGCUUCUGGUCAGUGAUGGCGUUUCUUCCGAGUCCUUGGUUCUAGGCGUGUUUGACAUCAGUCGGGCCCAUUUUAUGGCUCCUGCAACUCGAGAGCUGUACGUGGAAAUCCCGGAUGAAGACAGAGGUCCCGGCGAAGAGAACCUUAUAGGCAGACUGAAUCGUAGCAUGUAUGGUUUCCGGGAUGCUUCGCACAACUGGAUGGAGGACUGGCAAGACUUGCUUCAAGAAGAGGGCUACAAGAUUGGAGUUGCUAAUCCUGCACUGUUCUGGAAUCAGGCACUGUCGAGUCGUGGAGCAGUUCACGGCGACGACUUUUAUGUUCUGGGAACGGUUAGUGCAGUCGAUCGUAUGGCUGUAGCUUUGAAGUCCCGCUACUCAGUGCGUGAGAGCCACAGGCUUGGCUUCGGCGAAGGUUGCACGCGGCAUGCUACAAUCUUGAACAGGGUCGUGAGCUUGGGAGAACUCAAUGGCAGGCGCUAUGUCCAGAUCGAGCCGGACAAGCGUCAUGUUGAGCUCAUCGUGUCUUCGCUAGGGUUAGACAAGAGCAACACGAAAAGUGUAACUACACCGUCUGUCAAGCCCUCGGAUGCUGAAGCUGCACAGUUUCAGCAUGGCCCCAAGCUGUCUGCAAGUGAGACGUCACUGUACCGGUCGUGUGUCAUGAGAGCCAGUUUCCUGAGCCAGGAUCGUGCUGAUCUGGGUGAGUCCGUGAAAGCCCUCGCUCAAGGCAUGGCAGCGCCCACUCGUGCACACCUGCAAGCUUUGAAGCGCUUAGGGCGAUUCUUGUUGCAUCGCCCCACUGUUGCAGUCAGAUUCUGGCAGCAAGCUUUCUGCCCUACUAUCACUUGUAUGGUGGAUUCAGACCACGCUGCAGAUAGAGUAACUCGCAAGUCAACUACGGGCAUGGUGGUUCGUAUCGGUGCUCACACCAUCAAGUCCACAUCUAAUCUCCAGACAUCGGUGGGAUUGAAUGUUUCAGAGGCUGAAUACUAUGCGCUCGUCCAUGGGGCUGCGCAUGGUUUAGGCUUGCGCUCCUAUUUCGCUGAUCUGGGGCUCGAGAUGGACGUGGUCAUUCAAAGCGAUUCAAAUGCCGCUCGAGCUUUUGCUUCGCGCAGAGGUUUAGGCAAGCAGCGACAUGUCAUGACUCGUUAUCUUUGGCUUCAAGAACGCGUUCGAUGCAAGCAUUUACAGAUCGUAAAGAUCCAUACAGACGACAACUGCUCGGACAUACUUACGAAGAGUGUGUCGCAUGGAACUCUUGAGAAGCACAUGAAAAGCAUGGGCUUCUUGGUUGUGGAAGCGUCAAUGCUCCGCUACACCUCGACGUUACUGUGCCCGAAUACGCGGGCCCAGCAACGAGGAGGGGUGAUCGUGUUUCGAGGUGAUGAUGAUUGGCACGAGGGGCGAGAUGAGAACAAGGCCAAGAUCAUCGAGGUGAACAUCGGCCCUACCCGCCUCAGCAAGCACGCGGACAUCGUCCUGCGAGGCGCAGCCGGCUCCGUGCUGCCUAAGCUGCAGAGGCUGGUGGCGGAGCAUCCGCGGCGAGCAGAGUUUGAGCAGAUGCGCGAGCGUCAGCGUAAGCUCGUGAAGAAGGUGGUGUGGAAAAAGAGGGCUGCGACGAUGUGGGUGCUCCUGCUGAGUGGCACCUUCCUUGACAGUCCAUCCGUGGCGCUGAACGAAGUGGGAGCCAGCAGUGGGCUGCUGGUGGCGCUCUUCCUGAUCUUCAUCUUCCUGAGCCACAUGAUGGUCCUGAACAUGCUCAUUGGCAUCCUCUGCGACGUGGUGCACCAGGUCGCCCUGAAUGAGAAGGAGGAGGCUGGGUGGGGCAUGGUGGGGCAGUUCGAAAUCGUGGUUCCUGUCUUUUUGGGGCGUUCCAUGUGGGAGCGUCUUCCUGACUUCGUCGCCGUUUUGUCUUGA